GUGCGGAGAGCUCUUCUCAGCUGACUCAAGGGGAGGAGUCCGCCACAUUGCAAGACGCUGCAUCUCUGGGCAUCUCCGUCUCAAAGUCUUCCCCCUUCGUCGCUGAUGCCGCGCCUUCUGCGGGCCUAGCUGUGGCAACUCCAGAGAUGGGAGAGGCUUUGAAGACGAAGUUUGUCCUCAGCACGGCCGGCUGGUCCGACGAGGACAGUUUGUCUCUACGCUACGCCUUCUAUCUCUUCCCAGUCGCGGGCAGCUUUAACAUUACUGUUGGCGAAGACGGGAAGCUGCGAUCCUCGCCCGCUUUCCAGCCGCCCCUGAUCAAUUGGGAUGACCCUGACAGCGCAGAGUACUGGGUGAAACUGGGCGGCCUGGCAGUGCGAGGCUUCGGAUCUGCCGCCAGCGCUGAAAGCCGCCUCCCCAGCAACACCUUCGUCACGGUCGCCCGUGCACGGGACAAACUCGGGGCAGUGGCCGACUCUGCUGUCCUGGGUCCAGUGGUACAGCAGCCGGCCAGUCUCUCCACCUCGGACCUGACGAAUGUGCUGGCAGAGUCGCAGACUUCCAGCGAUCCCAGUCAGAUUCUGAUGUCAGUUCAGACGGUCAUGAGCAUGUCAGGUUCCGUGGACGGGGAAUCCUCAGCAGUGACGGCAAUGGCACUCGAUGCCUUGGCCAGCGUCACGACCAUGGUAGAUGGAAGUGAUGAGACCUUGCAGCAAAUGGGAACGGCUGUCACCCAGGUUAUCGCUGGGAGUGCUGCAGACAAGUCUUCCUUGACGAAGGCUGCUGACGUGAUCGAAUCCUGUUUGGCACUGGCCAGCGAUGGCGUGUCGGCCGCUGCUGGGGCGUCACUGCUGGGAGGCAUCGCGUCCAUCGGCGGAUCCUCCUCACAGCUGGACAGCACCGAAGUGAAGUCGGUGAGCUCGAAGCUCACCUCGCUGGUCUCCGACCUGGGACAAGCAGCCGUGAAGUUUUUGCAAGCUGGUGAGGUGCAGGAGAUCAAUUCGGUGGAUGAGAGCGGCGAAGGCAUCAAAAUGGCUGUGACGAAGCAGUCAAGCGCUGAGGUGGCUUCUCUUGGAGUGCAGAUGCAGCGCCUGUCGAUCCCUGCGGGGGCCUUCGCAGGGCGAAGGCUUGACGCCAGCUGCGGUGAGAUGGAGGUUCAGGUCACGGAGUGGCUGAAGAGCAAUCCGUACAGCUAUACCCAGAAGGUGGUUGGCAGUGAAGGCUCUGUAGCAGAGAGCGCUGAUGUGUUUUCGGUUGAGAUCACCUCCUGCUCCUUUCCAGCCGUGGUUCUGGAACCCGUGAGUGUGUCGCUUCCUUUGCCAAGCUUUGGAGCCGGCUCCGACUUUGUCCCGACUUGUGCUCGCUUCGACUCGUCCAGCGAUUCUUGGACCAGCGAUGGUGUUUCUACCAGCAUAGACUCAGCUUCAGGCAAAGUGACAUGCUCCUCCACUCACACAAAGACGUCAUACGCGGUCUUCGCAGAUGUUGCCAGAACAUCGACGACCACUGCUGAAUCUGAAGAAAUGUCUUCCUCUUUACCGUCAUCCGGACUAUCCGCGACAUUCCAGGUUGCGUUCUCGGCAGUUUUGAUUUGUGCCGCUGCAUAGGUUAAUGACCGUGCCAAUAAGUGGCCUACGUAUUUAUUUCUGGCUGUGGCUUCAGCUGAAUGCUCA